ACCCGACCUCCACCCACCUCGAUACCACCCAGUCCACCACCUGUAACCCGACCUCUACCACCACCUCAUCUCAGGCUAAAACCAGAAGGAUCGCCAGGAAAACCACCAGCCUUCCAGCCUUCCCCCCACAGCGUGUCAACAACCCUCCUAGUCUCCAUGCCAGUGGGUCGGAGGGUAAAGGUCAGGACAAGCCGUCCAUCCGGAUGUACCUGCAGGGUUUGGUCCAGAUCACCUUCAUCACCCAGGAUAUCCAGGAGAAGCUGGAGUCCCACGUCCGCCGCAAGCAGAGCCAGCGCCUCUGGGGAUUCCCCAAGCUGGUCACCAGGUACGUGGGAGACCACCUUGCCGACCUGGCUGCCCAGGCCCCCUCCGCAUCCGGCGACGGCAAGCCGGUUAAGAUCCCUGGCAAGAUCAUGGGCAAUGUGAACGACCAUGUUGGCCGAGGGCAGCGAAACACAGAGUUGUGUUUCAGGCUGAGUGACAAGACAAGGCCAGGGGAGGAGAGAGAGGAGACCCAGGCUACUAGUCCUGCAGCUACAGCCAAACUCAAUGACAAUUUAAACAGCUCACCUGCCAACAGCAGGCCUGUGGAGAAGACUCCCUUCACCAGCACUAGCUGCACCACUACACCCCAGCCAGCCGAGACCCACACUACCAGACCCACCCAGACCAGCCAAUCUCUGGACGAGUCCUCCCUCCAGAUGCCCCCAAACCCAGUGACCCUGACCCAGGAGAGACGCCAGCUGGAGAUGCAUGUGGAGAGGAACUGUCUGGAGGUCAAGCUCAAACCCCUCCCUGGCAUGGUGGGCACCAGCCAGACGUCCCUUUCCUCGGCAACCAGGCAGCCCGUCCAGGCAGCAGCCCUCGCCCCUCUGAAACGCCCUGCGCCACUAAGGCGGAGGGAUCCGUCGGCAGCGGAGGGAUACGUGUCUUCUAUGGACCCAGAGGCGCUGAGGAGUCAGGAGGAGAAUCUGGUGAUGAAGCCCACAUCUUCGGCCGCCCCCUCGACCUCCCCAGCUCACCCUCACAGCUCAGCUCUGGAGACGUGGACCGGCAUAGACAUCGUCUCAGGACCCCGCUCUGCCUCCACCCCCAUACGACUGUUGUGUUACGACACUGACACCGAAAGGCUUUUUGUGUUUACAACAUAGAUCUACAUGGACUAUUUGUU